AUGUAUGCCAACAACCCCGAUCAAUGUACUCGUUGUGGAAAACAAAACCACUCACAAGCUGACGACGAAUGCCCUGCACGAACCCAGAAAUGCAAGAAAUGCGGAUUAAUCGGUCAUUGGGCUCUGCAGUGUAAAACUGCUCCUGGUAAGUACAGGAGACAAAUCCAAAAUUCUACUCGAAUACCGAAUUACCGGAAACCAACCAACCGAGUAAGGCGGAUUUCUACCGAAAACGAAGAAAAACCAACCAGUUUCAUAUUUGCUAUUGGAGAUGGAGAUGAAUACGUAUGGGUGAAGAUCGGUGGUGUUGUAACACAAAUGCUAAUUGAUUCCGGCAGCAAGAAAAACAUAAUCGAUAAUCAAUCAUGGGAGCAGAUGAAAAAACAAGGUGUUGUUGUACGAAAUGCAACAAAGGAUGUUGAUCAACGUUUUCGAGGCUACGGAAACAAUGCUGAGCCACUACAAGUGAUCGGCAUGUUUGACGCAACGGUAGAGGUACAAAACAGCGAUAGGCCGGUACAAAGCGAGGCUAGAUUCUAUGUAAUCAUGGAUGGAAAUCAACCUCUUCUUGGAAAGGAAACUGCUCGUCAAAUAAAUGUCCUCCGUUUGGGUUUACCAGAACAGCAGAAUAACAUCUUCAAGAUAUCAACGAAAACUCCUUUCCCAAAAAUGAAAGGUAUUAAGCUACGAAUUCCUAUUGACGCGUCGGUUACUCCAGUAGUACAGCAUGCUAGACGACCGCCUAUAGCACUCCUUAGUCGAAUUGAAGACAAGUUAAAACACCUUGAAAAUGCGGAUAUAAUAGAAAGGGUAAACGGCUAUAGCGAUUGGCUCUCACCACUUGUAGUUAUUGUCAAAGACAACGGUGACUUGCGACUGUGUGUUGACAUGCGUUUAGCCAACAAGGCUAUCAAACGUGAAUAUCAUUUGAUGCCAACUAUCGAUGACUUCUUACCACGAUUGAAAACCGCUAAAUAUUUUUCCCGUCUUGAUAUCAAGGAUGCAUUCCAUCAAGUAGAACUUGAUGAAUCUUCACGAUCGAUAACGACUUUCAUAACCCAUCUCGGCAUGUUCAGGUACAAACGAUUGAUGUUCGGGAUUUCAUGUGCACCUGAGAUGUACCAGAAGAUCUUAGAGCAGUUGCUAGCUUCCUGCGACAACUGUAUUAAUUAUAUUGAUGAUAUUGUUGUACAUGGGGCCGAUGAAGAUGAGCAUAAUCGGUGCUUGAAAAAGGUCCUAGAUGUAUUGAAAUCAAGUGAUGUUUUGUUGAAUACUAGCAAAUGCCAGUUUAAAGUAACUGAACUGUCGUUUCUGGGACAUCAUAUCUCGAUCAAAGGAGUCCUACCGGCAGAGAGUAAAGUUGACGCAAUAAAGCAAUUUAGAAAGCCGAACGACGUAGAAGAACUCAGAAGUUUUCUAGGCCUCGUGACGUACGUUGGACGGUUUUUACCGGAUUUGGGAACAGUAGCGACACCUCUUAGAGCAUUAACACAUCAGGGAUCAGAUUUCGUGUGGACAGUUAGUCAGGAAAAAGCCUUCCAGAGUCUGAAAAACAUGAUUUCAGAUGUACAUCAUCUUAAAUUUUUCGACAAUUCCUUGCGUACUAGAGUUGUGGCUGAUGCAUCACCGGUAGCACUUGGGGCAGUGCUCCUACAAUUUCAAGACAAUGACAAUACCAUUCCGAGAGUGAUUUGCUACGCCAGUCGUAGUUUGACAGCUACAGAGCAGCGCUACUGUCAAACAGAGAAGGAAGCUCUAUCUCUCGUGUGGUCAGUAGAGCGUUUUUCUCAAUACUUGAUUGGGCGCAUAUUCGAGCUGGAAACAGACCACAAACCUUUAGAGGCAAUAUUUGCCCCUACAUCCCGCCCAUGUCCAAGAAUUGAACGUUGGGUGCUUCGCCUGCAGUCAUUUACAUUUAAUGUAAAAUAUCGCAAAGGAAAAGCUAACAUCGCCGACCCUUUAUCCCGACUACCAAUUCUGAAAAAUCAGCAAGACGGGGUAGAAAAGGGUGACGAUAAGUUCCUAGUUCUUGCUAUUCUGGAAUCCACCGCUAUCGACGUGGGAGAAGUAGAAGAAGCUUCAAUCGUAGACAGUGAGUUGACGGCCGUUCGUGAAUGCCUCCGCAGUGGUGUAUGGGGCAAACCCGAAAUUCGAGCAUAUGAAGCUUUCCAGCAAGAAUUAGGUAUGGUGGGUGAACUCGUUGUGAGAGGAAACAAACUUGUUAUACCGAUAGCGCUUCGAAAGAGAUUUUUACAACUCGGUCAUGAGGGUCACCCUGGAGAAUCUAGCAUGAAAAAAAGAUUGCGGGAUAGAGUAUGGUGGCCAGGAAUGGACAGGGAAAUAUCGAAAUUUGUAGCUAGCUGUGAAGGAUGUCAACUUGAUGUCGAAACAGCUCUUCCUAAUGAAGAAUUUGCAGACCGAGAUCAACACCAAAAAUAUCACAGCGCCCAACGGGAAAAUGAGCGCAGACAAGCUACUCAAUCUACGAUUGGAGUAGGAGAUAAAGUCCUUAUGCGAAAUCUCACGCCAGACAAUAAAUUGUGCCCUCGUUUUAAUCCGAAUGAAUACACUGUCAUGAAUAAAACGGGAUCACGGUUAACUAUACAGAAUCCGGAAGAUGGACGUAGCUACGAUCGGAAUGCAGCACACGUCAAACGUGUAGAAAUUCCCGAGCCUAGGAUUGAAACGUCAUCUGAUGCCAUGCCAACUGAGGAAAACCCAGCGCCACCUCUAAAGCGAUCUCGCCGUCCUCCCGUGCGAUUGGAAGACUAUGUCCUAGAUGACGAGUUUUGA